ACGAAGAAACCUCUGGACAGUUGCGAACGAUGCGGCCGUUCUUCCACCAGAAGCUCUUCCCAUCUUCGGCCGAUUUCUCCACCAUUGAAUGUCCUCCAAGUACGCUCUUCUUCGAACCCAAUCUUCCUUCUCACUCUCAGAUUGCCUUAAAAAAUUUCUCUGCGUUGGAGUGUGACAACGGUUUUCUCUCUACACAACCAAAAAGUCCUUCUCUAAGUCUCUUGGUUGGUAUUGGACAAUGGCGGAGAAGGUAAUGGUGAUUGGCGUCGAUGAAAGUGAGCACAGCUUCUACGCUUUGGAUUGGACGCUUCAACAUUUCUUUGGGCCUAACGCCACUCCUUACAAGCUCACUAUUGUCAACGCUACACUUCCCUCGACCCCUCAUGGAGUCGCAUUCCUAGGGUCCCCGAAUUUGAUGCCCACGAUCGAUGCAGAUUUAAAGAAAACUAAUAGCACGGUUCAAAGAGCGAAGGAUAUAUGCAUCGAACACAAGGUUCAAAGCGUGGAGACUGAAGUUGUGGAGGGUGAUGCCAGACAUGUAUUAUGCGAUUCUGUAGACAAGUUCCAUGCAUCCAUUUUGGUUGUUGGAAGUCAUGAUUAUGGAGUAGUAAAAAAGAUGGGACUGGGCAGUGUUAGUGACUACUGUGCUCAGCAUGCUCAUUGCUGUGUCAUGAUUGUGAAGAGGCCACCCAAGCCCAUGAGCUAAACAUCCCCAUCUAGAACGAAGGAUCUCUGAAUUUGGAGAUUUCAAAUCAAAUAGCAGCUGAGUUUCAAUUAGGGACUCGUAGCAAAUGAACCAUAGUAUUGGUAGAUACAACUUAUACAAAUUACGAUAAGUUAUGCUUUAUUUGUAAUUCAUUAAAAAUAUUGGUAUGAACUUAAAUAGUAGCCUACGAGUCUUUCUUAUUGCAA